GCCCCCCCGACCGCCGCGGAGCUGCCAGGUGGGGCAGCCCGGGGGCGACCGCGGGAGCCUGAGAGGAACCCGGCGCCUCGAUGAGCUCCUAGCUCCCACCCUGCCCCGUCCUCGCCGGCAGCAGCUCCAGGUGCGCGGGUCAGAGCAGAGCCGGGGACGCAGCUGGCUGCAAUGGCGUCCAACAUGGACCGAGAAAUGAUAUUGGCUGAUUUCCAGGCAUGUACUGGUAUUGAAAAUAUCGAUGAAGCUAUAACGUUGCUUGAACAAAAUAACUGGGAUUUAGUGGCAGCUAUAAAUGGUGUAAUACCACAAGAAAACGGCAUUCUACAAAGUGAGUACGGUGGAGACACUUUACAUGGACCAGCGUAUGGCCCCACAAGUCAUUCUACAGCAGCUUCUUCAACUCCUUCCUCAUCCUCAGCGUUUCGCCAUGUAGUGCCAUCUAGACAAAUAGUGGAAAGACAACCUCGAAUGCUUGACUUCAGGGUUGAGUACAGAGACAGAAAUGUGGAUGUAGUACUUGAAGACAGCUCCACAGUUGGAGAUAUCAAACAUAUUCUAGAAAAUGAACUUCAAAUUCCUGCAUCUAAAAUGCUGUUAAAAGGGUGGAAGACUGGAGAUGUAGAUGAUAGUACUGUUUUAAAAACUCUACACUUGCCAAAAAAUAAUAGUCUUUAUGUUCUAACACCUGACCUGCCUCCUCCUUCUUCAAGUCAUUCUGGGUAA